CCCCGCGACUCCCAGUCGGCUUUCGUUCGGUCCGUGGCGCAGCGGCACCUGCUGCUGAGGGACCUCGCGGCCCGCCCGGGUGCCCAUGAUGGGGCUGAUCUUCGCGAAGCUGUGGAGCCUCUUCUGUAACCAAGAACACAAAGUAAUUAUAGUGGGACUGGAUAACGCAGGGAAAACCACCAUUCUUUAUCAAUUCUUAAUGAAUGAAGUGGUUCACACGUCUCCAACCAUAGGAAGCAAUGUGGAAGAAAUCGUUGUGAAGAACACUCAUUUCCUUAUGUGGGAUAUUGGUGGUCAGGAGUCACUGCGGUCAUCGUGGAACACGUAUUACUUAAACACAGAGUUCAUCAUUCUUGUUGUUGACAGCAUUGACAGGGAACGACUAGCUAUUACGAAAGAAGAAUUGUACAGAAUGCUGGCUCAUGAGGAUUUACGGAAGGCUGCCGUCCUUAUCUUUGCAAAUAAACAGGAUAUGAAAGGGUGUAUGAGCGCAGCUGAAAUCUCUACAUACCUCACCCUUAGUUCUAUUAAGGACCAUCCCUGGCACAUUCAAUCCUGCUGUGCAUUAACUGGCGAAGGGCUGGGUAAAGGUCUAGAGUGGAUGACCUCCCGGAUUGGUGUGAGAUAACGGUUUUGUUUGAAAGAGACCGAUGUAUUUAUUUUGUGAACAUUUUCUCCUGGUACUAUUGGCUGCUGGGGCGGCAGCAUGUUUAAUUUAUAACAACACGAACCUCUGUGAGCAACACUUGAAUCAAGUGCAGCUGAACUGGAACAUAAAAUCAUUUUCUUACCUUUUUUUUAAUACACUAAUCUUCAGUUGGAUGAACAUAAUGUAUAACCGUUUUCAACAACAAAAUUCUUCUGACUGCUAAUUCUAAUUAUUCAGUGACUGCAGUGUAAGAAAUGUUUGUUACAUGGUUUGUGUUUUCUGAAGUAUCGUGAUAACCCUAAUGACAGUUUCAUUUAUGGACCCUCCCUCCCUCAGAUCAUUACUGAUUUAACACAGAAGUAGUGAAAGUCAUCAGGUAUUGCUU